GUAACUGUUGUCAGUGAUCGAAAUCAAUUAUCAUCAGAGAAAAAUAAAAAAGGUGCCUAAAUUUAGUUUUAAAUUAUAUUUAAAAUGUAGCGAUAUCCGCAGUACUUAGGAGAGAGAAGGGUGAAAAGGAAGGCAUCGUCUGCUGGAAGGAAGAGACUUGAGAACACGCAUAUAUAUAUACAUAUAUUUCACGGUUAACAUUAGCUGGAACUCUACAAAAUCCAGGCUUCUUUUAUGCUUUUGCAAUUUAUUCAAAAAAUAAGAGAGAAAGAGUAGAUAUUAUAUCGCAAAUCAAGCACUAACGAGAUAAAAAUGGAUGUAACGGAGUUGUGGGCAAUCUUCGGGCCGGGUGUGGCGGGCGCAGUUUUCGGGGCCGGAUGGUGGUUCUGGGUUGACGCCGUUGUUUGCAGCGCUGUUAAAAUUUCAUUCAUCCAUUAUCUACCUGGGAUAUUUGCGUCGAUUGCCGCUUUGAUGUUCAAUUGUGUGCGGAAAGAGGAUAUUGACUAUUCUCCUUAUGAAGAAGGCGAGUGGAGGCAAGUAAUUUCUCUCUUUCUCGCCUUAUCCCUUUUUAAAUAGUAUUAUUCCUCACUU